AUGGAUCUAAGCUCGGGGUCAUCAAGCAAUAGAAGGAACAGAGGUUAUGGUAAUCGCAGAGUAUGUGCUUGUCAGUUGCCUGCAAAGAUUUUCACAGCUUGGACAGAUAAGAAUCCUGGUCGGAGGUUCUAUGGGUGUGAAUUGUACAAGGAAGGGGAGAAUAACCAUUGCUCUUACUUUGCGUGGCUUGAUGAAGAAGAAGUGAAAGGUUGGGCUAAGAGAGCUUCGAUUCAAGCUCGAGAUGAAAUAAGAGAGAAGAAGAAACAGAUCAAUGAACUUACAGCCACCGUCAAUGAUCUAACGGCCACUGUCAAUGCACUUCGUAUGGAGUUGGAGCAGCAGAAGGUGGAGAAACCAGGUUCUCGUGAAAUGGUUGUGUAUCGUCCAACUGAGCUUCCUCAUUAA